UCAAUACAACAACGCAUUCCCCCCCACCGCACAACUCAACACCACAUCCGCUCAAAUCCCCCGCAUCAUGCACCGCAUCCUCCUCACCGACGGCCACCCCACUCCCUUCACCAAUACCAGCGCAGCCAUCACAAGCUGCCAAACCCUGCAUCCCAAUUGGAUCCACUAGAUCUAGAACGAUUCGGAUGCGGCGGAAUUCAUCUCCCACCACUACCCGCACCUCUGGCCGCGAUACUCCGGCUAUCGACAGACGAUCCAGCGCACUAAUAUCCUCCGCUACGCUUUGCUCGAGCACUACGGCGGCGUGUACCUCGACAUGGACAUCACGUGUCUGCAGCCGCUCGAUGGAUUGCGGGACUUGCCUUUUCUCGCGCCUGGUGCGUCCCCCGCGGGUGUAAAUAAUGCGUUCAUCCUCUCGCGGCCGGGACAUCCGUUCUGGACACACCUGCUCGCGCGAGUGGAGAGGAGCCAUUUGUCCUGGGGUCUGCCUUAUGUGGAAAACAUGCUGAGCACGGGGUGCAUGUUCUUCUCCAACGCCUGGAUGGAUUACACUAGUACAUUGACGAGGAACGACAGCCAUCUGGAGAAGCGGGUAUUCGUGCUGGCCGAUGAGAAGCAAGAUCUGGCGCCGCAUAUGCUGCGAGGAGCCGUCAAGACGCCGCUAUUCGACCACGCAGGCGCCAGCAGCUGGCACAAACGCGACGCUGCGGCGGCAAAGAUGGCCGCAGAAUGGUAUCUGCGCGUGGGCUUGCUGAUUAUCGCCUUGGCCAUUGUCCUCCUGUGUUGGCAGCCGUGGAAGAAGGAGUCUCGCGAACCCCCAAAGUACAUCAGGCGCCGGCCUUGGACUGGCCUGCCGCUUGGCGCGGCGGAGGAGGAGGACUUCUCGGAGUUCGCCACGACCAGAGUCCGAGAGAGGGGUGAGGAGCACUCUGACUGAGGUGGGGCUGGUUUGACUGCUGCUUUCUCUCCCUAGCAGAUGAG